AUGGUCAUCAUUGACAAGUCCGGAGUUCAUCGCCUCCAGGUUCGAUGCUGCGAUUGUCCAAAUGCCAUGAGUCCAGACCUUCAAAUGGUUCUCGAUGAUUUUCUAUUGGACAACCUUGAAUGUGGGACCUCGGCGAUGAACUAUUACAGCAAGCUCCGGCGAAUGACCUCGAGGAUGUUUCCACACCUUUGGAGGCAGUUGAAGACGAUGAAAUGGCAUGGCUUCGGCCAUUGUUCCGACAGCCCGAAUGCAGGAGAUCUCGCAUUAUUUUGCCCGGCAUGUCCUCAGCCUGGGAUUAAUGUGUCCUUCUCAGGGGAUGAAUCACCUGAUGAGUGGAAAUACACCCGGUCAUUUGUUAUGGAUGGAAAUUUCAAAGCUGAACACCUGCAUCCCAUGAAGCCAUUUGAUGAAGUUUGGCUGUCAGAUGGGUUGGGAUUCAUGAAGCACUUUCGGGUUCGGGUGGAUCGAAGCCGAUUUCUCGAAAUGGUUCCGGAAUUGACCAUCAUUCCCGGAAUCGGGUUGUGGCACAUCCACGGACAUCAGGACAGCUGCUAUGUCCGAUAUGCGUCAAAUUUUAUUGAAGGCAUCGGUCGGAUUGAUGGAGAGAUCAUGGAGACCCUAUGGUCACGUCUCAACCUGAUUUCCCCUGCUGCUCGGGGAAUGUCAUCCCCGCAUCGAAAGGAAUAUGAUCCGCAUGACAAGGACCCUUUGCCGAAAAUACAAGCAGGCGAAGAAUGGCAUUGCCGAAAGUGA